GCCCCGCGCCCGCCCGCAGCCGCCGAGCCCAGGAACCCCCUCGUCAGGACUGCAGCCAUGGCCACCUCAGCGAGCUCCCACCUGAGCAAAGCCAUCAAGCACAUGUACAUGAAGCUGCCGCAGGGGGAGAAGGUCCAGGCCAUGUACAUCUGGAUCGACGGCACGGGGGAGCACCUCCGCUGCAAAACCCGCACGCUGGACCACGAGCCCAAGAGCCUGGAAGAUCUCCCUGAGUGGAAUUUCGAUGGCUCCAGCACCUACCAGUCCGAAGGCUCCAACAGUGACAUGUACCUGCGACCUGCUGCCAUGUUUCGGGACCCUUUCCGCAAGGACCCCAAUAAACUCGUUCUCUGUGAGGUCUUCAAAUACAACCGCCAGUCUGCAGAGUCAAAUCUCCGGCACACCUGCAGGAGGAUUAUGGACAUGGUGUCCAACCAGCACCCCUGGUUUGGGAUGGAGCAGGAGUACACUCUCCUGGGGACAGAUGGACAUCCAUUUGGCUGGCCUUCCAAUGGCUUCCCUGGACCCCAAGGUCCAUAUUACUGCGGUGUGGGGGCAGACAAAGCCUAUGGCAGGGACAUCGUGGAGGCCCACUACCGAGCGUGCCUUUAUGCCGGCGUGAAAAUUGGAGGAACCAACGCAGAGGUGAUGCCAGCCCAGUGGGAGUUCCAGGUGGGACCAUGCGAAGGGAUUGAGAUGGGGGAUCACCUCUGGAUCGCACGCUUCAUCCUGCACCGGGUGUGCGAGGACUUUGGGGUCGUGGUGUCCUUCGAUCCCAAACCCAUCCCUGGGAACUGGAACGGUGCUGGCUGCCACACCAACUUCAGCACCAAGAGCAUGAGGGAAGAAGGAGGUCUCAAGCACAUCGAGGAGGCCAUCGAGAAGCUGAGCAAGCGCCACCAGUACCACAUCCGUGCCUACGACCCCAAGGGGGGGCUGGACAAUGCCAGGCGCCUGACGGGCUUCCACGAGACGUCCAACAUCAACGAGUUCUCGGCCGGCGUGGCCAACCGCGGCGCCAGCAUCCGCAUCCCGCGCAACGUGGGCCACGAGAAGAAGGGCUACUUCGAGGACCGCCGGCCCUCCGCCAACUGCGACCCCUACGCCGUGACAGAGGCGCUGGUCCGCACGUGUCUCCUCAACGAAACCGGGGACGAGCCUUUUGAGUACAAGAACUAAGCGAGAGUGCGCCCCGCAGACGCCGCCUCCCCCCGCGCUCCCCUAAACUUCCCUUGUAGAUGUAAUCCCGAGGGUACAAGAUAACAUGUUUCGUGUCUCAGUAACUGUUGUUGUCUUGAGGUGGGGAGGAGGGCAGGUUUAGUUUUAUUCAUGUCUGUUUGUCGUUGACUCUUCAGAUGACAGGAGGAGGACGGGGUGUUAGAGAACUUUUAACCACUGUUUUAUUUUUUUUGUCUAAUUCAUGUGUACAUCUGAUGGGAUCCAGUGGCUUCCAGGGACAGACUGCACAUGCAGAAAGCCUGUAGGAGAGGAGAAGGCUUAAAACAGAGCCAGAUUUGGGGGGGCCAGCCCAAAGAGCUACUGGCUCUCUGCAGACUGAUGCCUCUCUAAGGUUGGUGCCUUUCUGUGGAGAAGGGAAGAUGGGAGCUGUGGUGACAGGAGCUGUGCGUGUGUGGGGACAUGACAGGGACAUCGUCACCCUCCGGCCACUCUGAGGUUUCUGGGAAUCUUCUGGCAUUGAGCUCAGCGUAGGAGCUUCGAGGAGAACUCUUGGUUUCUGUCACUGGAAGUCAACCGAUCUCUGGCUUAUAACACAGAGUGAAGUAGUAUUUUUCUAUUUAAAUAUAAAAACAGCAAAAAAAAAUAUAUAUGAAAGUGUUUUUUUCUUGAAGAGAUGAUGUUCCAACACCUCAUCCGGCCAGAGCGGGCAGGGCUCUUGCGGAUGCUGUCGGAGGCCUCCAGGUGGGACUGAGGUUGAGCUUGGAGGGAGACUCGUAUGAGAUUUGUUCCAGCAUGGAGUGCAGCUCGCAGGAAGGGGUUUCCAGAGCGGGAAGCCCACAGAAGCAUUUGUCACUGUAACUCGGGUGGCCGUGGCACACUCAGAGUGGGAGGAAGGUGUCCUGAACCAAGAGUUGACUGGUCAACAGCGUUCCGGACAGAGCUGUGGCUGUGUCACCUGUCCAGCAGGGCUAGCAUGUCACUAAAGCAGGGCUUUUGAUAAAGGUUAAAAAAAGAGAAAAAAAAAAGAAAAAAAGAGAUAAAUUUUAGAUUUUUUUUCAUAAUGUUCUUAGUUUGUCCAGCUGAAUGGUUUUACAGAGACCGUUGAUGCCACUGUUGUGUCCUGGCUCUCUCGGGCUGCCUGCCAUCCAGUCAGGAUGGGGGCUAGGAGAAGGGAAGGGAGAGGCCACCUGUCCCUCCCAGCCAGCCCUGGCACUCCCAGCUCCUGCUGGGGGGUUCAAACCUUCUGGGAUUUUACACUUGGGUAUCUUAGAUGGUGCCAGUUAUAUUCCGUUGCA